CAAUCCGCCAUCGUUGACCAAAUGAUUUCUGAGCUAAACACUAUAACCCUAACUGCAACUACUACACAGCUUAAUCGCAUUCAGAUAGACGAUGGCCGCAAAAGAAGAACAAGUGAAGUUUUUGGGGAAAUGGCCCAGCCCCUUCAGCAACAGAGUGGAUCUGGCUCUCAAGUUGAAAGGAAUCAAAUACGAUUACUCUGAAGAAGAUCUCUCCAACAAAAGCCAAGAGCUUCUUACGUCCAAUCCCGUUCACAAGAAGGUCCCUGUCCUCAUCCACAACGGAAGACCCAUUUCUGAGUCUCUCGUCAUCGUUGAGUACAUCGACGAGACCUGGAAAUCCAAUCCCUUCCUCCCUCCAAACCCUUAUCACAGAGCCUCUGCUCGAUUCUGGUCUAAGCUUGUUGAUGAAAAGUGCUUGCCUCCGUUAUGGGAUGCGUUCUGGUGCGAGGAGAAGGGGCGUGAGAAGGCUGUGGAAGAAGCCAUGGAAGCACUGAAGAUACUGGAGAAUGAAAUCGGCGACAAAAGAUUCUUCGGAGGAGACGACGUUGGACUCGUAGAUAUUUCUGCCAAUUUCGUGGGUUACUGGGUUGACAUAUUACAAGAAAUCGCAGGCUUACAGUUGCUCACUUCUGAGAAAUUCCCGAAGCUGUACAAAUGGAGUCAAGAAUUCUCCACUCAUCCUAUAGUAAAGCAAGCUCUGCCUCCCAGAGAUAAACUCUUUGCAUUCUUCAAAUCUCGCACUGGCUAGAGUUUGAGUUCAUGAUUUGCGUCUUCUGAAUUUUUCUGGAAGACUAUUAUCUAGUUAUAAUAAAGGAGAAGUUGUUCUGUUUUUUCAUGUUUGGCUCUGUUGUUCCAAUGGUUAAACCAUAAAAUGUGAAAGCUAUUCCGGUUUAAUUUUUCUGCUCUUAGCUUGAUUUCUCAGCUCAAA